AUGUCUGUGCAGACCACAAUCUCCAGCACAGCCUCUGAGACCACCUCAGCUUCUGAGUCUACUGUGGCCCCCGCUCUAGUUUCUGAAACCACAAUAACAUCUGUCCCCACCACAGCCUCUACCUCAGGCUCUAAGAACACAGUCUCUGAGAUCCUUGUGGUUUCUACCACAAACUCAGAGACUGCUACGGCAUCUGUGACAUUCUCCAAGACAAUGACAGCCUCCACUAAAGGCUCUGGGACAUCCAGAGAGCCUGUGUCCUCCGUAGCCACUGAAACACCUUUUGAGAACACCGAAACAUCGGUGCCCAUCACAGUCAUCACCACUGUAGGCCCCGAGACCUCUAGAGCCUCCAACAGAGUCUCACAGACACCUACAGAGUCUGUGACCCCAAGGAGAUCCACCAUAGCAUCUGUACUAACUGAAGCAUCCACUAGAAUUUCUGAAGUCACCACACCCUCCACAACAAUAUCUGUGCCCACGCUGACCUCCACCACAGCCUCUAAGACCACCCCAGGCUCUGAAUCCACCAAAGUCUCCACUAAAACUUCUCAUAUUACCUUGUUCUCUACCACAGCAUCUGUGCCCACUCAAGCCUCCAGUACAGUGUCCGAGGUCACAACGUCCUCCGUGAUAAUGUCUGUGCCCACCUUGACCUCCACCACAGCCUCUGAGACUACAACAUCCUCUACUAAAACAUCUGAGACCGUCUUUGCCACAACCUCUGGGACCACCACAGUUCCCACAGCAUCUGUGGCAAACUCUUCCUCCAUGAUAACAUCUUUACCUACCACAGUCUUCACCACAGUCUCUGAGACCACAGCUUCCAGCAGAGAUUCUGAGGUCAUCACAGCUUCCACCAUAAUGUCUGUGUCACCACCAUCCUCCAGCAUAGCCUCUGAGACAAUUAUUAAUUCUGAAAUAACCACAGAAUCUCCCACAAUUUCUGAGACCAUCGGGGACUCCACUAUGACAUUGGUGUCCACCAUAACUUCCACCACAGACUCUGAGACCAUGUCAUUCUCUACUGAAGCCUCUGAGAUAACUUCAGGGUCAGUACCCUCCACAAAUAUCACAAAACUUGAUAAGCCCACUACAACUUCUGUACCCACUACAACCUCUGCAAUAGUCUCUGAGAUCGCCACACCUUCCAUCGCAAUGUCUAAAACCAUCUCAUCUUCCAAAACAGAUUCUGAGUUUUCCAGUAGAGCACCUCUGACCAUGAAAAUCUCUACUYCAAUCUCUGAGUCUGUCUUAGCCUCCACCAUAGUCUCUGAGACUGCCAUGUCCUCUACUGCCACAUCGAUGCCCACCACAGCUUUCAUCACAGGCUCUAAGGRCACAACAGCCUCUGAGACCACAAAUGCUUCCACAGUUACCCCCACUGAGACCAUUAUAAUGUCCAUCCCAACAUCUGGGACACACCAGGCCUUUAUCACAACCCCAGAGACCACAACAGUCUCCAUGAAAGUCUCUGGGACAGGUGGACAAUCUGUGUCUUUCACAGACACUACAACACCUCCUGAGAGUACAAUCACAUCUGUGCCCUCCACAGCCUCUGAAACCACCCCAGGCUCUGAGACAACCACAGGCUCUGCAUCUACCUCUGCUUCCACUACAACAUCUGAGAUCACCUCACUGUCUACCACAGCAUACAAGUCUGCCACAACUUCCACAGCACUUGUUCCCACCACAGACUUCAUGACUUCUGAAACUGCCACAGGUCCUGAGAUCAUCACAACUUCCACCAUGGAUUCACAGACCACUGUAGAGUUUGUGUCCCCGAGUGCCACCAUCGUCUCUAAGACCACCUCACUCUCUACCACAAAGGAUGUGGUGACUUCAGAGGCCACGAUGACAAUUUCUGUCCCCUACAGUGCCUCUACCCCAGUCUCUGAAACUGCCAAAGCCUCUACCAAAGACUCAGAGACCACUAUAAACUCUGAGACCACAAAAGCUUCUGCCAUUGCCUCUGAAAUGCACACAUCUUCCAUCACAACAUCUGUACCAAACACAAUUUCCAGCACAGCCUCAGAGAUGACCUCAGCUUCUGAGCCUACUGUUGUCUCCACCAUAGUCUCUGAGACGACCAUGUCUUCCACAGUAAUGUCUGUUUCCUCUAUAGCCUCUACCUCAAGUUCUAAGAACACAGCCUUUGAGACCCUUCAACGUUCCACCACCAACUCUCAAUUCACCAUGCCAUCUGUGACAUCCUCUGAGCUCCUAACAGUCUCCACAAAAGCCUCUGGGACAACUAUAGAGACUGUGUCCUUCACAAAACCCACACAUCCUAGUGAAUCCACCACAGACUCCAAGGCUUCUACAGACAUUGAAAUGACCACAAACGCUAACACGGUAUCUGAAACCUCUAUGCCCUCCACCAUAACAUCUGUGCCCACAGUAACUUCCUCCACAAUCUCUGAGAACACUAGUGCUUCCACAGUACUUUCUGAACCCAACACAGUCUUCAUGGUGACUGCUAAGACCCACACAGGCUCUGACACCAACACACCUUCCUCCACAGCUCCUGAGGUCCCCACAUUCUCCACCAAAAUGCCUGUUCUGACCACAGCUUCCACCAUAGACUCAAGGAACCCAGCACCUUCUGAAUGCCCCAUGACCUCCACUAUUGACUCUGAGACUCCAACAGCUGUCACCACAGUCUCUGAGGCAGCUGCAGUUUCCACUCAAACAUUACUAACAACUGCAGAGGAUGUGCCCUCCACAGCCACCAAAAACCAAAAGCCCACUACUAUCCUUUCUACAGUCUCCAAAAGCACUGGAGUCUCAGAGACCACUACAGCUUCCACUUUUGGAACCGCUGCAGAGUCUGUGACCACAAAGCACUCCACCACAGGAUCGGAAAUCUCUCCCACUGAGACAGUGUCUAGCACAUUGUCCACCACUGUCUUUGAGAGCAACUCAGACUCUAAAAGCACCAUGUUCUCUACAAGGGACUCUGUGUCCACUACUUCCUCCAUCACAGGAAUAUCAGUGUCCAUGCCAAAAUCUACCAUGAGCCCAGAAAUCACCAGAGCCUCUACUGCAGUCUCUGAGACCACUUCUAUCUCCUCCAAAGGCACCAGGACAAGACCAACCACCCACAUUUCUCCUGUAAGGAAACCCACUACCUUUGCUACCAGCAAUGCAUUGCCUGGAAUAUCCCUGAAUACCUCUGGCCUGGCUGCAUCCACUCUUGGAGUAUCAUCUACCUCCUCAUUCCUAGGUGUCAUGACCACCACAGUGUCUAUCCAUGAUUCAACUGUCAUUCCUGGAGCCAGCGCCACCUCCCGUACAAUAAGCUCAGUGUCCAUGGGCACAAAUAAAAUUAGCGUGAGCCACAUUCCAACAAAUAUGUUCAAACCAAGUGGAUAUUUACAGCCCUGGGUCAUCAUCCUCAUUUCUCUGGUUGCUGUUGUGAUGGGUAUCGUCCUGCUAAUAGGACUCUGCUUUUGUCUGAGUGACUUUUCCUCCCCUCUGAGAAACAGAGGUACUUAUUACCUCUAUGACCACAACCUUGGCCUUAGUCUGGACCUGGACUUAGGCAUGGGCUCUGGAAUAUUUCACAGCCUGGGAAAUGAACUGAACCCUGGAAGAAGACUUGGGAUUGGACCUGCAGGAGCACAUGGCGUUGGACACAGCAUGGGUGAUGGAGAUGGUCAUGGAAUGAACCACAGUGGGAGUCAUGGCUAUGGAGGAGGCCACAGCAAUAGCCAUGAACACAGAGGAGGCCAUGGAGGAAACCAUGGAGUGGGUCACUGA